CCUUCCUGAUACUUCCACUUCCUGGAGUCGGAACCUGAGGCUUCGCGGGGGCGCGCGCACACGGACUUACCUAGCAGACAAGGCACCGGGGCGCGCGACCCCUGACGAGGAGUGUUGUCACGUGACACAGGGGCGUGCUAUUCUUGCCUUGCGCGCUCCUGUGCGCGUCCCCAGGGGGCGGCUGUCGGGCGUACGGGCCAGCUGGGUCGUCAGGCCAGGGGCUAGGCUAGCCGGUGGUUGCCGGGGCCACGAGGCCAGAGAACGAGGAGGACGGGGUCGGCUGUGAGACCGCGGCGACGACACACCGAGCGAGCGCCCGGGCCUGAGGGGAGCGAUGCUGUGGUUCCAGGGCGCCAUCCCGGCGGCCAUCGCGUCUGCUAAGAGGAGCGGCGCGGUCUUCGUGGUGUUCGUGGCAGGGGACGAUGAGCAAUCUACACAGAUGGCUGCAAGUUGGGAAGAUGAGAAAGUGAGGGAAGCAUCAUCAGACAACUUUGUUGCUAUUAAAAUUGAUACUAAAAGCGAAGCCUGUCUACAGUUUUCACAAAUUUAUCCUGUAGUGUGUGUUCCGUCCAGUUUCUUUAUAGGAGACAGUGGAAUCCCUUUGGAAGUAAUAGCAGGGAGUGUUUCUGCAGAUGAACUUGUUACAAGAAUUCACAAAGUCCAACAGAUGCACUCAUCAAAAGGUGAAACAUCAGUGACAAAUGACAAACAGUCAGAAAGUUCCGUAUCUACCCCAUCUGCCUCAUUUGAACCUGACAUAUGUGAAAGUGCCGAGUCCAGAAAUACAGAGCUUUGUGAGACUCCAACUGCUUCUGACCCAAAGUCAGAUACUGCAGCAGGAGGAGAAUGCGCAGGUCAUGACAGCCUCUCUCAGGAGCCUCCUGGAUGUUUAAACCAGAGACCAGCAGAGGACCUCACCGUCAGAGUGGAAAGCAGAUUAACAAAAAAGCUUGAAGAAAGGAGAGAAGAGAAGAGGAAGGAAGAGGCCCAGAGAGAGAUUAAGAAGGAAAUUGAAAGGAGAAAAACUGGAAAGGAAAUGUUGGAUUAUAAAAGAAAACAAGAAGAAGAAUUAACAAAAAGAAUGUUAGAAGAAAGAAGCAGAGAAAAGGCAGAAGAUAGAGCAGCUCGGGAGCGCAUCAAGCAGCAGAUUGCACUGGAUCGUGCAGAAAGAGCUGCUCGUUUUGCAAAGACAAAGGAAGCAGAGGCUGCCAAAGCUGCUGCCUUGCUGGCCAAACAGGCAGAAGCAGAAGUCAAGAGGGAGUCUUCCACACGGGACAGAAGCACCAUUGCAAGAAUUCAGUUCCGGCUGCCUGAUGGUUCUUCCUUUACAAACCAGUUUCCUUCUGAUGCUCCUUUAGAAGAAGCAAGGCAGUUUGCUGCACAGACUGUUGGCAACACAUAUGGUAAUUUUUCACUAGCAACCAUGUUUCCCAGAAGAGAGUUCACCAGAGACGACUAUAAGAGGAAGCUGCUGGAUCUGGAGCUGGCCCCCAGCGCCUCCGUGGUGCUGCUGCCAGCAGGACGGCCAGCCACAUCCAUUGUCCCCUCUUCUAGUGGAGACAUUUGGACAUUACUGGGAACGGUGCUUUAUCCAUUCCUGGCCAUAUGGAGACUAAUUAGCAAUUUUUUAUUUAGUAAUCCUCCUCCUGCACAGACUUCAGCAAGAGCCACGUCCACAGAGCCUUCAAACUCGGCGUCAUCCAGCAAGUCAGAGAAAAGGGAACCCGUCCGGAAAAGAGUGCUGGAAAAACGAGGAGAAGACUUUAAAAAGGAGGGGAAAAUAUACCGACUGCGGACUCAAGAUGACGGCGAAGAUGAGAACAACACUUGGAAUGGGAACUCCACGCAGCAGAUGUAGUCCGGAGUAUACGCUCCCCGCUGCUUCCUUUAGGAUCCACUCAGCACUUUUCUGCUGGGGAAGUGGGUCUGCUCUAUGUUUCCAGACCAUUAUAGUCUAUUUCUGCUAAGAGAUUGUGAGUUAAGUUGUUUAACCUGAAAAAGUCAGAACAUGAAGUAGCUGGAUGCUAGGUCCUUGUCUAAUCAAUAGGGUAACCAGCUGCUCAGCCUAAAAGAAGCCAAGGCUGCCCCCGCCACCGCCACUUCCUACUCAGACUUCACAGCCCUCUACCCAGCGUUUCACUUAGGACACUUUCUGCUGCAAGAUCCUCAAGCCACACAGUAACUGGUAUGUCACUGAGUAGUCUGAGCCCCGAGCACUUAAGCGAGCUAAUCAGGUGAUAACUGAUGUUUAGCGUUUCUCUUUGCACUCAUCAGCCUCAAAAAAAUCUUGUUGUUUCUAAUCUUACUUAAAUAUUAAAUAAAAGUUUUCAAAAAACCAGAAUGAUCUUAUUUUUGCUGUAAAGCAUCUUUUUGUUGUACAGGGCUGUACCGAGGUCACUUUUGUUUGACUUUUUCCUCCCAGUGCUGCCCUGAUUCUGUCAGCAAAACAACUGACUGACUGCCUUUCUUUUAAAAAAUAAAAUGUAGAGACUGUG